AUGGCGAAUAGUACCUCCAAACCGCCACUUGUUUCUCAUUUUCUUCAUACUGGUCCAGCUUUAUCGGACUUCAACUCGCUCGGUUCGCUAAUUUCCAACCCAACCACAAGCUCAUCAGCAUCCUCAACAAAUCCUACCAGCAAUCCGAGCCAAUCCACCACAGCGGGCGGUAGUACCACAACCACCACGGCCAGUAGCACCACCACUACCACUUCAACCGCCACUCGUGUCGUCGCUGGCGGCUCCCUCCCCACUCCGGUAGCAUGUAGUCCAUUCAGUAAGAAGGAGAAUGAAAAAAUUGAACUUGCCUGGAGAAUCCUACACGCCCCUCGAAAUUCCAACUCGAGCUCUGAAAAAACCACGAUCCGACGCUCAUCCGGUUCUACAGAUCAAAUAUCCAACUCGCACCCAUCUCACCGAUCCCAACAAUCAACUGCUGACAGUCAAGGAGCACAUCUGGAGUUCAACCCUAAAGGGAAAGCAAAAUUGGUGUCCGAAACCACCGGCAAUACUGAUAACGAGGACGAUACUUCAUCAUUCCAACUACCAGACAGCCAGGCAGUAGAUAGCGAUGAAUUUGAUAAUGAGGACGCCGUGCUUAACUUGUCAAUGGAUGAUCACCCCUCCAUCGUUCCAGUUGGUCUUGAUUCACUAUUUACAGUAGACGUUCGCAGACUGAAGCUGUACCCUGCCUUUUGGCACGGCCCGCAUCUGGACGUUUACAAAGGAAAAUGGUUUUACCCUACAACUAGCAAACACAAAUUCUAUCCGUGCGAUCCAGAUCUUGCCGAAGCUUUGGAAGCUGCGUAUGAUCAAAUCAGACCCUGGGACCUGUCAUAUGAAGAUGAGCUGCGUUCGGCUCUUAAAAUAGGAACUGAAGCAGAAGAUAAAUUGAAAGUCCACCUAAAAGAGUUUGAUCACGAUGUCAUCUUCGAGACCGCCACACAAGGUAGGGUUUAUUCCAGAGCCGUCAGCAGCAGAAUAAGCAAGACAAUCCUUACAAAUUUCUUCACGAGCAUCUCCAAGAAGACGGCUGGUUAUAGUGGUGGGACGGUUGUUAUCCGUGGCUGGGACCAGGUUCAAAGUUGGAGUGGGCUAGAAUCUGAAGACGCGCUUGCAGAUCAGAAGCAGCCUUCGUCGGAAAACCUCGACCAGGCCGGCAUUGGCGGGGCUUCUGGUUUGAAUACUACCGCUGAUAUGAUUCAAGAGGAAGAUUUGGAAAAUCCAAACGCCGAAGUCUCUGAAUUGGUUUUGGUGAUCCAUGGGAUCGGUCAAAAGUUAGCCCAGUCUUAUGAUUCAUUUGAUUUUGUCCAUGCUUGUAAUCAACUACGAGUUGAAUGCCACAAGGCAAGCACCACUGACCAGAAAAUGAAGAAUUUCCUGCAAAACAGAAGGGUCCAAUUCAUCCCUAUUCGGUGGAGACAUUCCUUGGAUUUCGAAAUGGAGGGAUUUACUGACCAGGAAGAUGUCUCAUCUGAAAAUGAGACGGAGGAGGGAAGACGGAUUAAAAAUACAUUCGCAAUGAAAGAUAUCCAAAUCCCGGAUAGUAUUCCAUUCGUGCGUGAGGUGGUGACGAGCUUGGUGCUUGAUGUACCCCUCUACAUGUCACCCAAGCAGCACAAGCUUAUGAUCGCGGCGGUGAUUGAACAAGCCAACAAGGUCUACCGACUUUUCUGUCGUCGCAAUACAUACUAUACGGGUCGCAAGGUAUCCAUCCUUGCUCAUAGUCUCGGGGCUGCAUUAUCCGUAGACAUCCUCUCAAGACAGCCUAGUGCAUGGACGAUGGACGUCGAGAUGAGCGAAGUCAUGGGCGAUACCCAGGCCUAUCUGUCGGCGCUCAAUCAUUUCUGCUUUGACACAUCUAAAGUAUUCCUUGUCGGUAGUCCGGUUGCCUUUUUCUUCCAUUUGCAUCGUGCCCAACUGAUUGCUCGUGAGGGGGUAUCAAAGUCAACCAGCCUUGACUUCAAAAACUCGCCCGAAUGGCGUAAGGCGAACCGCGUGGCGAGCGAUGAAGUGGGACAGUACGGUUGUCUAGCUGCGGAAACAAUCUAUAGUGUUUACAUCUCCACUGAUCCGGUUGCUUAUUGUAUGAAUGCAUGUGUCGAUUGCCGACAUUCCAAGCGAAUAAAGCCAAUUGACGCCCGCUCAUUCACAAAGAAGUUCUUAGAAACGAUGAGGCGAAAGAGGCCGGCAACAGAUCACGAUGCAGUACUAACGCGGAAUGUCUCCCUGAGUUCCUUAUCAUCUCUAGUCGCGAAUUCCUGGAUGGGCUCCACCAAGAAAUGUGAACCUCAUGAUCUUAUCAAAAACAUCAAUACUCAAGCAACUCUCCAAAACAUGACUGCUGCCAAGCCCUGCUCUCAACCGGCAUCCAUUCCCGUUCCUCCUCUGCCCACGUCUAUGGUGGGAGGAUGGACUGAUUUGGUUAGGAAACGAACGAGGGUCUUUACUUCGUCUCGGGAGAACAUUAGAGAAGAACCUCUCAAAAAAACUAAACAAGGAGAAAACAUCCUUGGCCGAAUGAGGUUUCUUGCUUUAAAUCCAACCGGAUCGGUGGAUUUUGUGAUUCCUAGCUUGGGUCUCAACCAGUAUGUUGAUAUGGUUACUGCACAUGCUGCUUAUUGGACAGAUAUCCGAUUUGCCAGGCUGGUUUUGAUCGGCUUGUUUGGCGAAGAUUCGGUGUUGGAAGAAGUUGGUGAUCUCGAAAACCCCUCAAAUCCUGCAUAG